CGGGCGUUCUACCUGGAGGGGCUGUUCACCGACAUCACGCUGCAGAGCGCGUCGGGGGUCAUCUUCCACUGCCACAGAGCCGCCCUCGCCGCCUGCAGCACUUACUUCAAAGCCAUGUUCACGGCCGAUAUGAAAGAGAAAUCUAAGAACCAGAUCAGGCUCCCCGGGCUCAGACAUGCCGUGCUGGAAGCCCUCGUCAAUUACGCGUACACAUCACAGAUCCAGAUAACAAAGAGAAAUGUCCAAAGCCUGCUCCAGGCUGCCGACCUCCUGCAGUUCGUGUCAGUGAAGAAAGCCUGUGAGCAGUUUCUGCUGAGGCACCUGGAUACCGACAACUGCAUAGGGAUGCACUCCUUCGCCGAAUACCACGAUUGCUCCGAGCUAGAGAAAGAGUCCAGGAGGAUAUUGUUAUGGCAGUUUGAAGAUGUGUGGAAGCAGGAAGAGUUUCUGGACAUUGGCAAGGAGAAGCUCUCUUUUAUCCUCUCCAGGGAGAAUCUCAAUGUUUGGAAAGAAGAGGCAGCCAUUGAAGCUGUCGUUAAGUGGGUCGCACACAACGUGGAAGAAAGAAUUGAAGAUGUCUAUGAACUGCUGAGCUGCAUCAAAGUGGACUUGGAUAACAUGUAUUUGAGGUCAGCUUUAAGCCUACAGAAAAAAUGCCGACUUAAUGACAAUAAGAUAAGAUCACUCAUAUACAAUGCCCUGAACCCCAAUCCCAAAGGCCCUUCCAGAAGACCCACAGCAGCCAUGUACGUGAUCGGAGGAUAUUACUGGCAUCCCUUAUCAGAAGUGCAUGUUUGGGAUCCUUUAACCAAUGCAUGGGUCCAGGGGACAGAUAUGCCAGAUCACACCAGAGAGAGCUAUGGGGUCACCAGCUUGGGACCAGACAUAUAUGUGACGGGAGGUUAUAGAACAGAGAGCAUCGAGGCCCUUGACACUGUGUGGAUAUAUAACAGUGAGAGAGACGAAUGGACAGAAGGCUGCCCCAUGCUCGAUGCGAGGUAUUACCACUGCACAGUUUCCUUGAGUGGAUGCAUCUACGCGUUGGGUGGUUACCAAAAGGGAGCUCCUGUGCAAGAAGCUGAGUUCUAUGAUCCUUUAAAAAAGAAAUGGCUUCCUAUUGCAAAUAUGAUCAAAGGUGUUGGAAAUGCCACCGCCUGUGUCCUGCAUGAAGUCAUCUACGUAACCGGAGGUCACUAUGGGUACAGGGGAAGCUGCACCUAUGAUAAAAUCCAGAGAUACCAUUCAGGCAGCAAUGAGUGGAGUAUAGUCACCACAAGUCCACAUCCAGAAUACGGAUUGUGUUCAAUUACGUUACAAAACAAGAUCUAUUUUGUGGGUGGGCAGACCACGAUCACAGACUGCUACGACCCAGAGCAAAACGAGUGGAAGCAGAUGGCUCACAUGAUGGAGAGAAGGAUGGAGUGUGGUGCGGUGGUUAUGGACGGAUGCAUCUAUGUAACAGGAGGAUAUUCCUAUUCAAAAGGAACGUACCUGCAGAGUAUUGAGAAAUACAACCCUGAACUGAAUAAAUGGGAAGCAGUAGGUAAUCUUCCCAGCCCUAUGCGGUCACAUGGCUGUGUCUGUGUUUAUAACGUGUAA